UGCACCCAUCGCAGUCUUAAUUAAAUUUUUCUAAAAUAAAUUAUAAAAUUCCGUCGGUACCAUAAUUGAAAAAAAACUAUAAAUAGAGGGAUCAGUGCCAUUAACAUCCAUUCAUCACUACACAUUGGAUCGAUACUUGAGAAAUUGUGAGAUUAGAAAUGGCGAAUUUCUCCGGUUUACACCUUCUCUUCUUAUCCUUCAUCAUAGCUACAGGUGCAGUGUCCGUCGUCUCCGGUACCGUUUUCACCAUCCAGAAUAGCUGCAGUUUCCCAGUCUGGCCGGGAAUCCUCACCGGUAACGGCGGCGCACAACUCAACGAUGGCGGGUUUACCUUAAACCCCGGAGCUUCCGUCGCCGUAACCGCGCCUGCGGGAUGGUCCGGACGAAUCUGGGGCCGAACGGGCUGUAACUUCGACGGCUCAGGCGCCGGAAGAUGUCUCACCGGCGACUGCGGCAACAAAUUAAAAUGCGCCGGCGCAGGAGGAGUUCCACCGGUCACGCUCGCCGAGUUCACCAUCGGGAACGGCGGCGCGAAGGACUUCUACGACGUAAGCCUCGUCGACGGUUACAACGUCCAGAUGGGAGUCACAACCCGAGGCGGCUCAGGCGAUUGCCAAAACAUUGGAUGCGUUGCGGACCUGAACGGGCGCUGUCCGAACGAGCUCCGUGUUAUGAAUGGGGCAAAUGUUGUGGCGUGUAAGAGCGCGUGCGAGGCUUUUGGAAAACCGGAGUAUUGUUGCACCGGUGCGUUCAGUACAUCGGCGACUUGUCCACCGACGAAUUACUCGAGAAUUUUUAAAGGAGCUUGCCCUAAGGCGUAUAGCUAUGCAUACGACGACGCUUCGAGUACUUUUACUUGCGCCAAUGCUAACUAUUCUAUCGUUUUCUGUCCUAGAUAAUUAUCGUUGUCAAUUGUCAUGGACGAAUUGUAAUAUUAUGGAACUAGGGAUUCGCUGAAACUAAUAAAAGGUUUUGUGGAAUGAGAUAAAUUCUGCAGGCUGGAAAUACAAUGAAUUAAAUAACAGAAUGAAUUUUAACGAUAAA